CAGGAGCCGUAGCUCUUCUGCCCACUUGUAAGUGCAACUGGUAUGGGUAAUGGUGUGAGAGAAGGUCAAGUGGAUUUCAAACAGCAGGAUGUGGAGCCAAUUACAUCAACCCAUCUUCCAUCAGAGGAUAACCAGGAGAAAAAGAAAGUACUCAACUCCCUGAUGUCUGGCGCAUUGGCUGGUGCUGUUGCUAAAACUGCAGUAGCUCCACUGGAUAGAACAAAAAUCAUGUUUCAAGUGUCUUCAAAAAGAUUUUCUGCCAAGGAGGCCUACAGGCUGAUUUAUCGCACCUACCUCAAUGAAGGCUUCUGGAGUCUCUGGCGGGGGAACUCAGCCACCAUGGUCCGUGUGAUCCCGUACGCUGCCAUUCAGUUCUGUGCGCACGAAGAGUACAAGCAGCUCCUGGGGAGUUACUACGGCUUCCAGGGAAAAGCGCUGACACCCUUUCCUCGAUUCAUUGCUGGCUCUCUGGCAGGCACAACGGCUGCCAUGUUAACCUACCCCUUGGAUAUGGUCCGUGCUCGAAUGGCUGUCACGCCGAAGGAGAUGUACAGCAACAUUGUUCAUGUCUUCAUCCGAAUAUCCCGAGAGGAAGGAUUGAAGACAUUGUAUAGGGGAUUUACACCAACCAUCCUUGGAGUGAUUCCGUAUGCUGGGCUUAGCUUCUUCACGUACGAGACGCUCAAGAAACUACAUGCAGAUCACAGUGGGAAACUGCAGCCAUCCCCUCCGGAGCGGCUUUUGUUUGGUGCCUGCGCAGGCUUGAUUGGCCAGUCAGCUUCGUACCCCCUGGACGUGGUUCGCCGACGAAUGCAGACGGCGGGGGUUAUGGGACACACGUACAGUUCCAUCCUUCUCACCAUGCAGGAGAUUAUAAGAGAAGAGGGACUAAUCCGUGGCUUGUACAAAGGACUCAGCAUGAACUGGGUCAAAGGUCCAAUUGCAGUGGGAAUAAGCUUCACAACCUUUGACCUGACGCAGAUCCUUCUCCGUAAAUUACAGCACAGCACUAAUGUUGAAAGGUAGUAGCUUAAUCCCCACAGCCCUUGCUGGGGAAAAGUACAACACGUGUAGAAAGAGCAAUGCUAGCGUUCCCUCACUUUGUACAUGCUCUCC